AUGAAUUUUCCCUACAAGAAUCAAGUACAACAAGAUGACUCAAGUGGGACCUCCAUCCAAUGCAACCCAGAUGAUAACUUAGGUCAGUUAUUGAGUUUAGGCCUCUUCCGAAUCGACGGCGGCGGUCAUCCAUCGACCACCGCUCUCUUGGAGACCAAAUCAAAGGUCGUAAACGGCAACGGCGACGGCAGGUUGUUCUCAUGCAACUAUUGCAUGAGGAAGUUUUAUAGUUCACAAGCAUUGGGAGGGCAUCAGAAUGCCCACAAGAGAGAGAGAGGAGCUGCCAAAAGGCAACAGUCAGAUCCUAAGAUGAUGAUGCUCUCAACAAUGGCUGUUUCUCUCAACUAUGCAGUUGCUUCACUUGGUAUGAGACCUCAUUCCCUUCCCCAUAACCCUACACAAGGUGGGAUUCAGAAAACCCCAUUGCCAAAAUCUUUGAGAAGAGAAGAAGCCAUUGAAAUGGAUUCGAGUUGGCCCGGAAGCUUUCGACUUAAGAGAGUGGAAAACCAAGGACCAACCAUGAACCGCCACCUAGAUUUGAACCUUCGACUAUGA